AAAGAAUCAGUUGAAGAGGUAACUCUUAAACCGUUUAAGAAACCAGUUGUAGAAGACACCCCUGUUACUGAAGAGUCUCCAGAGACCGACGCUACUGAAAUAGUGGAAACAGUCGUUGACAAAGUUGGUAAACGACGAGUCAGGAAAACUAAAACCGACGUGAAGGGUGAAGUUCAAGAAUCUGAUGAAAUCAUUGAAGAACAGAAACCUACAACUAAGGAAGUCGAGGAUACACCAGUUGAAGAGAUCCCAACUGAAGAGUCUCCAGAGACCGACACAACUGAAAUAGUCGAAACAGUCGUCGAGAAAGUUGGUAAACGACGAGUCAGGAAAACUAAAACCGACGUGAAGGGUGAAGUUCAAGAAUCUGAUGAAAUCAUUGAAGAACAGAAACCUACAACUAAGGAAGUCGAGGAUACACCAGUUGAAGAGAUCCCAACUGAAGAGUCUCCAGAGACCGACACAACUGAAAUAGUCGAAACAGUCGUCGAGAAAGUUGGUAAACGACGAGUCAGGAAAACUAAAACCGUCCUAAAGGGCGAAGUUCAAGAAAACGAUGAAAUCAUUGAAGAAACGAAACCUACAAUAGAGGAAGUCGAGGAUACACCGGUUGAAGUGAUCCCAACUGAACAGGAAAGAAAACCAUCUGUACCAUGGCGCGAAGAAACGGUAACACUGAAGAAAACAAAAACACAAAAGCAACCAUUACCAAAAGAAUCAGUUGAAGAGGUAACUCUUAAACCGUUUAAGAAACCAGUUGUAGAAGAAACUGCGGUUACUGAAGAGUCUCCAGAGACCGACACAACUGAAAUAGUUGAAACAAUCGUAGAGAAGGGUGGUAAACGACGAGUCAGGAAAACUAAAACCGUCGUAAAGGGCGAAGUUCAAGAAUCUGAUGAAAUCAUUGAAGAACAGAAACCUACAAUUGAGGAAGUCGAGGAUACACCAGUUGAAGAGAUCUCAACUGAACAGGAAAGAAAACCAUCUGUACCAUGGCGCGAAGAAACGGUAACACUGAAGAAAACAAAAACACAGAAGCAACCAUUAUCAAAAGAAUCAGUUGAAGAGGUAACUCUUAAACCGUUUAAGAAACCAGUUGUAGAAGAAACCGCGGUUACUGAAGAGUCUCCAGAGACCGACACAACUGAAAUAGUUGAAACAGUCGUCGAGAAAGUUGGUAAACGACGAGUCAGGAAAACUAAAACCGACGUGAAGGGUGAAGUUCAAGAAUCUGAUGAAAUCAUUGAAGAACAGAAACCUACAAUUGAGGAAGUCGAGGAGACACCAAAUGAAGAACGGAAACCUACAAUUAAGGAGUUAGACGUUACACCAGUUGAAGAGGUUUCAAUCGAACAGCAAAGAAAACCAUCUGUACCAUGGCGCGAAGAAACGGUUACACUGAAGAAAACAAAAACACAAAAACAACAAUUACCAAAAGAAUCAGUUGAAGAGGUAACUCUUAAACCGUUUAAGAAACCAGUUGUAGAAGACACUCCUGUUACUGAAGAGUCUCCUGAGACCGACACAACUGAAAUAGUUGAAACAAUCGUAGAGAAGGGUGGUAAACGACGAGUCAAGAAAACUAAAACCGUCGUAAAGGGCGAAGUUCAAGAAUCUGAUGAAAUCAUUGAAGAACAGAAACCUACAAUUGAGGAAGUCGAGGAUACACCAGUUGAAGAGAUCUCAACUGAACAGGAAAGAAAACCAUCUGUACCAUGGCGCGAAGAAACGGUAACACUGAAGAAAACAAAAACACAGAAGCAACCAUUACCAAAAGAAUCAGUUGAAGAGGUAACUCUUAAACCGUUUAAGAAACCAGUUGUAGAAGAAACCGCGGUUACUGAAGAGUCUCCAGAGACCGACACAACUGAAAUAGUUGAAACAGUCGUCGAGAAAGUUGGUAAACGACGAGUCAGGAAAACUAAAACCGACGUGAAGGGUGAAGUUCAAGAAUCUGAUGAAAUCAUUGAAGAACAGAAACCUACAAUUGAGGAAGUCGAGGAGACACCAAAUGAAGAACGGAAACCUACAAUUAAGGAGUUAGACGUUACACCAGUUGAAGAGGUUUCAAUCGAACAGCAAAGAAAACCAUCUGUACCAUGGCGCGAAGAAACGGUUACACUGAAGAAAACAAAAACACAAAAACAACAAUUACCAAAAGAAUCAGUUGAAGAGGUAACUCUUAAACCGUUUAAGAAACCAGUUGUAGAAGACACUCCUGUUACUGAAGUGUCUCCUGAGACCGACACAACUGAAAUAGUUGAAACAAUCGUAGAGAAGGGUGGUAAACGACGAGUCAAGAAAACUAAAACCGUCGUAAAGGGCGAAGUUCAAGAAUCUGAUGAAAUCAUUGAAGAACAGAAACCUACAAUUGAGGAAGUCAAGGAUACACCAGUUGAAGAGAUCUCAACUGAACAGGAAAGAAAACCAUCUGUACCAUGGCGCGAAGAAACGGUAACACUGAAGAAAACAAAAACACAGAAGCAACCAUUACCAAAAGAAUCAGUUGAAGAGGUAACUCUUAAACCGUUUAAGAAACCAGUUGUAGAAGAAACCGCGGUUACUGAAGAGACUCCAGAGACCGACGCAACUGAAAUAGUUGAAACAGUCGUCGAG